AUGCUGAAGACCCGCCAGUGUCUACUUGGCAUCCGCACUUUCCUAGGUGUAACGUCCAGAAUAUGGGGCUUCAUUUUGUACAUUCUCAGGAAGCACCUACGCACGGUGAGUAUAUCUUUUUGAAAACUAGCUAAACCAACUGCUCUUGUUUGUUCGCACAUUUGUUUGCAUUGUCUGGGGUGGGUCGUGUGUGUGUGUGUGUGUCUGGGACAGACAUGACAUUCAAAUGUAUUGGUUACUGCUGUGAUGGCCCUGUCACAAACUCAAACAAAAUCAACCUCCAAUCAGAAGCAAUCAUCUCACAAAGUGUACAAACAUGCUUCCACUUCCCAAUGGCCACCCUUAUCAGAGCCAUAGAUAAGAAUGACCCUUGGUGGAAAUUCUUGACACGGAAUGUGCUUCAGGUGGGGCUGUAGGAUUCCAUUGAAAUAAACAGACAAAACCUUUUGCAAUGGACUCACACAAAUCCUUUUGAUUCUGACAUUUGUAAAUCAAAUGCCUCCGCUCACAUGUUUCUGGGUUACUUUUGUAGCCCCCUACUGUAGUGUGAUGUGAGUGUUAGGAUGACAAAGGAAGGCUCUUGUUGGACUGGGAAGUUUUGCAUGCCAUUGAUAUAUGGACAGGACCCACAAGACUCUGGUCACGUUUACUGGUUCGCUGAUGCCCCUAUUAUAAACUUGACCUUUGAGGUGUCAAAGUAAUGCACACAGUCAGGUUGGAUGGGACAUAUGGUUUGUUUAUUGUUAUAUACUCUGUCUGUGGUCUGUAAACUUGAUCCCACAUUAUCAAAAGAUUUUGUUUCUAACUUUGAUUCACAGCAACAGAGAGAGAGGGGGGGCUGGUAUUACAUCUAAGCAUGUUGUAGUUUAGUCAAGCUCAAGUGUUUAUCACUUGUACUGUAUUACCUAACAGUGAUACAUCUUCACUCAGGGCCUAGUCAGUGGGAUGCAGACAGUGUUUGGAACAUUUCAAGUCAAUACUGUAUAUGAAUAAAAUCAUAAUUUGUUUCACAAUGUAGCAACCUAUUUCUUCCUGAACAAUUGGUAAUGUUGUGAGCCCAGAAUAUACUGGAAAAAGACUGCCUAGGCUUGGAAUUCCGAGUUUGGGAAAUCUCUGGAGUAUAUUACAGGUGCACUGGAGGUUUUCCCACUCCCAGCUACCAAUGUGAUGAUGUAAACAGAGCCUAGGUGUCUAGCUAAACCAGGUUGCCCAUUCAUACAAUAGAGACCCUGGUAUGCUGUAACUAUAUAGGCUAGCCCUUCGCUCUCAGACCCUGUUCCUUGAGAGCUACCCUUCGGUAGGAUUUCGCUCCAACCCCAGUUUUAACUAACCCGAUACAGCUUAUCAACAAGUUUAUCAACCAAACACAUGCACACAUAGACACACACAUUUUUUGUUGUUGUUGUAUUGUUUUUAUUUUUUUAUUGUUUGUAUCUUGUAUUUAACAUUUGUGACUGUCCUUGUCUAUCAGUGUUUUGUUACUUGUCAUGUUUUGUAGGCCCCCGGAAGAGAAGCUGAUGCUUCUGGAAAAGCUAAUGGGGAUCCAUAUAAAUUUAUAAGCUAAUUAUUAGAAUUGGGUGCGCUAAAUUAGGGUUACAGUGAAAACCUACAGGACGGUAGCUCUCCAGGAACAGGGUUGGAGAGCCCUGGCCUAGACUAUGUAUAGACACAAAUUACCAAAAUGACUUGUUGCUUCAUACACCUGUCAUCACUACAAUUGGAUUAUGGAGUAUAAACACAUGCAUAUGCUACCAGUCCUUAAUCUGAUGUGUGCUAGACAUAUGAUAAGCCAGUUGCAUCAUAAUCUUGAAGACAGACAACACUAUGACAUAAAUGCAUCUUCAAGAGGAGUGGAGGGCUGGAGAGGUUUCUGGGAGGGUUAUAUCCAGACAACACCCUAGGGCAGUGGUAUUUAAACUUUUCAGCAGGGACCCCAUUUUUUUGGGCUACCCCAAAUCUAAUGAGACAAUGUUAAAAUCUGUAAAUUUAGAUUUUCACAUCAACAAAUAAUCUUCAGUUCAUUACAUUUUCAUCUCUGAGAACCAAUAAUACAUUUACUCAAUAAAAUUGUAUUAAAGAAAUCAAAUAAAAAAAAUCUCAAUAACGUUUGUAUGUUGGCCCAUAAAAUAACCUGUACUCUUAAUUUUUGGUUCCACCAAAAAAGAUCAAAUGCAAUUCCCCCGUGACCCCGACUUUGAAUACCACUGCCCUAGGGGGUACAGAAAGUGCUGUGGGUUCCCCCAUGGCUUCCACCAGCUGUUCAUGAACAGGCUAAACCUAGGCCCGGCAAGCCAUGCCAAGCGCCACAGGGCAUGGAACAGGGACCUGGCAGGGGGGGUCGUCUAAGGGUUUCGGACAAAACAACCUGGCAGCCGCCGACAGUCUCCCUUUUCACUUGGCCCCCUAUUCCAGUGACACUGACGGACAGCUGGGGGGGCUAAAUAUAGCUCUUAUGGAGAACAGGGCCCUAGGGCCAGAGAGGCAGAAAACUGUCCACUCUGUCGAUGGGGGGAAAAAAGUAGGGAACCAAGAGUGAAUGGAGUGGGGAAAAUCGGUGCGUCUCAAUCUAGGUCGCAGUUGUAAAUGAGAACUUGUUCUCAACUGGCUUACCUGGUUAAGUAAAGGUGAAAUAAAAUAAAUAAUGUGGCUCCCUCUACUCGGAUCCUUAUCAACAGGUCUGUCUGUCAUGUGCCCUGACAGGUGUAAGCAAAUUCCCAGUAGGCAUCCACUGUACUAAUUAGUGCUGACACCUAAAUGAAGCAGAGGAACGCACUGUAAACUUUUGAAAUGCACCCAAGGAUAGCAGUAGUCGUGGAGGCCUAGGUCUAGUCUGACCCUGCGCUUUCGUUUGUGGUCAUGGGAAUAAUGUUGCCAAGGCUACGUAGAGACAUAGGCCUACAUUUUCCAAGACCACACUUUUUCCUCAAUUAGGCUUUCCCAGGUAGGGAGCAGACAAUGGAAUAACGAGUGUUUUAAUAAAUCGGCUUGUAAUAAAUGUAUCAUGAAGCUUGGAUUUUUUUUUAUUUAAUUACAAUUUUAUUUUUGUGCCAAGACAGAAGUAACUAAACUUUGCCCACUGUUCUGCCUUCAAAUUCUUGCAAUUUAUGCUCACAAAUGUACUAGUGUCUGUUAAUGACUCUGUCUUUGGCUGAGUUUAACAAGUAUGUUUAAUCUUUCUAUCUCUCUUUCUGUUUCAGGUAAUCCAGUACCAGACGGUGCGGUAUGACACUUUACCGCUGUCCCCCAUCUCCAGAAACAGACUCAGUGAGUACUGCUGACCCUCUGUCAUCUUUUCUGACCCUCUCUGCCAUUCCUCGAUCUCAGGAAACCGUACUUUGCCCAGUAGAUCAUUAUCUAUAAACCAUAGAAAUAGAAUGGUAUAAACACACUGACAUGACCUCAUAAUGCCUCUGCCCAAUGCCAUAACUUCCUCAACUGUCAUUCUAGUUUCAGCUGGUCUACUGUAUCUACACAUCAAUUGCCAGAGAGUCCAGUUGUCUUUAUUUAGUAAACCGUCCUUGUUCAGUAAUGUCUUUAGACCGGCCUUCAAAGAAAGAGCUUUGUGUUACUUUUUCAGUUCUUCUUUUUUGUUUUGUUGAUAACAAUGAUAAAGACAAAUGGCGAAAAAAUAUGAUCACAGACAAAAUGAAAUUAAAUAGCAACAGAUACAAUCUGUACAAAGCAGCUAGUACAGCAAAGUGGUGGGCAUAUAAUUGUAUACAUCUUCAAAGACAACAUACUUUAUGUGCAUGAAACACAGGUGCUCGCUGGGACCUAGGAGUUUCGACUACUACUGUUUAAGAGCUUGUCUCAAUAAAGGACAACGGGGGACUAUACUUUCACAAAUGUGAAUUCGCCGUUCUGUAAAUCCAUUGUUAAAGGAGCAAUAUGCAGAAAUCGCUCCACCGUUUCCUGGUUGCUAAAAUUAGAAUAGUUAGCCUAAUUUCAAUUUGUGACAAAACAAGCAAUUGUAGAGAAUCAUUGUACCAUCUAAAACACUGUGAAAUAUAUUUUCAGUAACCCAAAAUAUAGUAUGUUCUUCUGUUGGAAACUGGUUUACAAAACCGAAAGUAAAAGACGCAAAAACUAAACUUAAGAACAGGAAGCCUAGAAAUAGCGGACAUAGAAUAGAUCUACCGCUUCUUAGACUUGCUUUCAAUGAGGACAGAUCUAUAACUCAUAUUUCUAUGUGAAUUUUGUCAAGUCGCCCCAAAAGUUACCGUAUUUUCCGCACUAUAAGGCGCACCGGAUUAUAAGGCGCACCUUCAAUGAAUGGCCUAUUUUAGAACUGUUUUCAUAUAUAGGGCGCACCGGAUUAUAAGGCGCAUAGAAUAGAAGAUACUGCAGUCAAACGUUUGACUGGGGUUGUGUUAUGCAUCCACUAGAUGGAGCUGUGCUAAAGGGAAUGUCAACAAAACAGUCAGAUAAAGUCAAACUUUAUUAAGCGUUCUGACAACAAUUUUGGGGUCUUUAUACACACACAAGUGGUGUGGGACUGUGAGUAAGCACAGUACCGGUGUUUACUGACUACGGUAGCCGUAAUGCUGCAAGCGGUGCGGCUUUGUAGUUUACCAGUCGUACUGAAACAUUUAAUUAUUAUUAAAUUGUUUUUAUUGGUUUUUCAUACUGAAACAUUUUGACAGAGCGCCUUGAGCGCCGUGUACAACCAGUAUGGAUCAACCAAUUAACCAAUUGAUCCAUAUAUAAGGCGCUCCGGAUUAUAAGGCGCACUGUCGUUUUUUGAGAAAAUUAAAGGCUUUUAAGUGCGCCUUAUAGUGCGGAAAAUACGGUACAUAUUGCAGCUUUAAUUUCAGUUCGUCUAAGGCUGAAGAGUAUGAACGCAACCCCAGUCUCUUCAAAGGGCUUUUCCAUAGCACAGACCUGCUCUACUAUCUCUUAUCACAUAAAUCGAUACCUUUUGUUGAAGUAUGUGUGGGCGCUUCAAACAGCUAGCUUAGUGCAAAACAAGUAUGUGAAUGCAUUGUCGCAAUCAAACCUUUUUGUCACUUGUGUAAGAUGGUAAAAUCAUCGGUAUUACUGACCAUCUGUCAUGUUCUUUAUGGUGUUAUAGGUUAGAUAUAGCAAGGUGUGUAUUAAGUAAGCCUUGUCCGAGCCAGAGCGGCCCAUAUGCUUGUUCCCUAUCUCCUGUUUCUGUACCGUGAGGCAUCUUGAUGUAUAAGUACACCUCCUGGACAGGAUGCUAGACUGUCGCAAGGCCUUACCCCGAAUCCAUCUCCUUAUUGUUGAGUGCCAAGCAGAGAGGCAUCCGGUCCCAUUUUUUUAGUCUUUGGUAUGACUCGACCAGGAGCGAACCCCACACUAGCCACAAGGCCACUGUUGGUGAGGUGUGUAUAUUGAACAGGUAAUAAGCAGGUGUAUGUGUUUGUUUGGUCUUCAGAUGCAGUGAAGAGGAAGAUUCUGGUGCUGGAUCUAGAUGAGACGCUGAUCCACUCUCACCACGACGGGGUCCUCAGACCCACAGUGAGACCCGGCACACCACCAGACUUCAUCCUCAAGGUAAACACACACAAGCACACAUAGUGAAUUUGGGGGGUAAUCAUAUCAGGACUUGAACCUGCGACCCUCUGGUCCAGAGACAAGCAUGCUACACAUUAGGGAUUUAACGAUUCACCGAUGUGCAUUGGUACCCGGUUCAAAUGUUUAAGAUGUGAGUGCAUCGGUCCACGGGACCCCAAAUGUAGCAUGCAUCGGUCAGAAAAUCGAUUCAAAUGUUACGAAUCAUCGGCUCACUAACAGGUUUUGCUCAUAUUACUUUUUUCGACCUUCCGAAAAUACCUAAUCUUUUGUGACAACUGAUGCGUCCUCUCCUUCAGCGUCGAACUAGGCAUGUAAGUACGUUGACAGUUAUUGAUCUACAAAUCAUUUUGUAUGCCGAACAACCCCUUGGCAAUGUCAGUAGCCUAGUCAAACUGCGCUCUGUGCAGCUUCGCGCACUGACCAAAGAGAGGUAGGCCUAUUCCUGAUAUUAAGCUUUAUUAGUUGAGUGACAAUGUAAUUUGCUAGGUUAUUGUUAUCAAAUGCACUGUUGAAAAUUGUGUUUUAGUGGAAUAAAAGUAAGCUACCGGACACAAAUCUAAUCUGGCUAUAUGCUACCUGCCGAUCGGGGUUUAGCCUAUGAUAGAUUUUAAUUUGAUUGUUCAGGUUCACCAUCAGCAAUAGUUUUGGUAGUUUUGCAUUAAACAAUCACCUCCCUGACCAAGGCCCUUCUCCCCCGAUUGCUCAGUUUGACUGGGCAGCCAGCUCUAGGAAGAGUCUUGGUGCUUCCAAAUGUCUUCCAUUUAAAGAAUGGUGGAGGCCACUGUAUUCUUGGACCUUCAAUGCUGCAGACAUGUUUUGGUACCCUAUCCCAGAUCAGUGCCUCGACACAAUCCUUCUCGGAGCGCUACGGACAAUUCCUUCGACCUCAUGGCUUGGUUUUUGCGCUUACAUCCAGAGGAUGGCUCCACUUCUCUGUCCGGGACUCUGUCAUCCAGCCAAGUCUCCCAGCUGUAUUGGAUUCCGCUGCCAGCAGCGUUUUCAUUAUUUAGUCCGUUCGUAGCGGGUAUGUACACGAUCAACAAGAUCAGUCCAAAACCCACCACUGGAAAUCCAUGGUUGGCAGAAUGUUUGUAAACUAAGUGUACAAAUUAAAAACAUAAAAUAACGCCACUAAGUGUACAAAUUAAAAACAUAAGAUAACGCCACACUGCAGGUCGCAACAGAGACGCUGCUAGCCGCUAUUUUCUUAGUUACGUUCAUGGUUACGUCACGUAUGACGAAAGCGCGUAAGUGCAAGCCCACAGACACCCAUAGAGAUUGUAUUGAAAGCUUCGAAAUUUGAAAAAAAUAGAUUUUACAUGGGAGUCUAUGACAGACUUCUGGGCGAUUUUCAACAUGACUGAAAUCGCCCCAAAAACGGGCGGGGCCAUUUGAAGCACGACUUUAGCCUGAUUUGACAUUUAGUGGCAGUCAGAUCAGAUUAGAACACUGAUAACUACUGUUGCCGUGAUAUAAUUGAUUAGAAAAAAAAUCCCUUCCUUUUCCCGUUUGGCAGUGCGUCGCCCAUAUCGCCCUAUUGAACACACCGCCCCUGGUUGUCACGAUCGUCUAAUGAGGGAGACCAAGGCGCAGCGUUGCGAGUGAACAUAUUCUAUUUAUUUAAAUGAUCACACGAACCAAAACAAAUAAACAACGAAUGCGUGACGUCUAUGGUACAACACGAACACACACGAACAAAAUCCCACAACCCGAAAGAAAAACAGACAGAUUAAAUAUGGCUCCCAAUCAGAGACAACCAGCCGACAGCUGACACUCGUUGCCUCUGAUUGGGAGUCACACCGGCAAACAUAGAAAAUAGACAACCUAGAACACCCACCAAAGAAACGGAAAACAUAGAAUGAACACACCCUGGCUCAACAUAAUGAGUCCCCGAGCCAGGGUGUGACAGUACCCCCCCCUAAAGGCGCGGACUGCGACCGCGCCUAAAUAAGAGCAAAAACAGGGGAGGGCUGGGUGGGCAUUCCUCCUCGGCGGCGGCUCCGGCUCCGGGCUUGACCCCCACUCCUUCUCGAACCCCCCAAAGUACCCCUGGUCCGGUCUGGCCCUGCUGGCCGGAGCUGGACUGAACACUGGUGGAGCGGAUUGCUCUAGCUCCGACGUGAAGCCUCUGACCGGUGCCGGACCAGCCACCGGUGGAACAGGCACGGGCCGUGCCGGACUGACGACGCACACCACUGGCUUGGUGUGGGGAGCAGGAGCGGGCCGAGCCGGGCCGUCGAAGCACACUCCCGACCUGGUGCGGGGAACAGGCACGGGCCGUGCCGGACUGAUGAGGCACACCACUGGCUUGGUGUGGGAAGCAGGAGCGGGCCGAGCCGGGCCGUCGAAGCGCACCCCUGACCUGGUGCGGGGAACAGGCACGGGCCGUGCCGGACUGACGACGCACACCACAGACUUGGUGCGGAGAGCAGGAACGGGCCGGGCCGGGCUGGCGACGCGCACCACAGGUUUGGUGCGGGGAGCAGGAACGAGCCGGACAGGGCUGACGAGACGCACCACAGACUUGGUGCGGGGAGAAGGAACAGGCCGGGCCGGGCUGGCGACGCGCACCACCUGAGCUCCAUUUCAAGUCUCAUAGCAAAGGGUCUGAAUACUUAUGUAAAUAAGAUAUUUCUGUUUUUGCUUUGUCAUUAUGGGGUAUUUUGUGUGGAUAGAAUAUUUUUAUUGAUUUAAUCUAUUUUAGAAUUAGGCUGUAACUUAACAAAAUGUGGAAAAGGGGAAGGGGUCUGGGGGGGGCAUACAUUGUGGGGUGGUAGAUGCCCAGUCUCACACCUGCUUAUUACCUGUUCAAUAUACACAACUCAAAUCAUUUUGCAUGCCGAACAACCCCAGGCAAUAUCAGUAGCCUAGUCAAACUGCGCUGUAUGCCCAGUCUCCCUUAUGGCUCAGCUCAUUUACAUUUUAGCAGACGCUCUUAUCCAGAGCGACUUACAGUUAGUGAGUGCAUACAUUAUUUUAUUUUUCAAACCCGGCCCCCCGUGGGAAUCGAACCCACAACCCUGGCGUUGCAAACGCCAUGCUCUACCAACUCAUGAGCUCCAUCAACAGCAGAUUUUAAUUAAGAAUGGAAAAUGAAUGUGUUUAUGCAACAAAUGUUAGUGUAUCGCAUUGAACAAUUCCUCUAAUCAAACCGAAUCGCUUCAAACUAAAACGUAUCCAGUGUUUCCUCUGGAAAAAUUGUAGUAGUUGGGGGGAAAAGGUCGCGGGGGACCCAGAUAAUUUUUGUAGGAGGACUGAGAAGCUCAGUUCUGCUCACUUUUUAAAAGGACAUUCUACUCCUAAAUGAAUAAAACAAUGUAUUAUGCUGACACCAUCUAAAAUAUAAUUUCCACCUCCAGAAAUUAGCCCAAUAACAUAUUGGUACAAUUAUUUGUUAAAAGUAUUUUAACAUAUUGGACCAUGCAUAUAGCCUAUGUCGGCUUAUUGAUUACUAAUUUUGUUUGCAGAGGAAUAGUAAAUGUGGACUGUUCUAUGGUCCAUAUUAUCAGGUAUGCUAUUAGCAAUAAGCAUUAUCACCUGUAGCCCAAAUGAUGCAGCAUAGUGGCUAUAAAUAAAUGGCUGAAACAUUGGCUUGCAUAUCUGCAUUUACCCUAUUUGGCUAAUCAUUAGCCAGAUCCCAAAUGUGCUCUUUUACCUAGUUAGUAUCAUAUUCUCUUUAACUCUACCCACAUGUACAUAUUACCUCAAUCACCUCGACCCACUGGUGCCCCUGCAUAUUGACUCUGUACCGGUACUCCCUGUAUAUAGUCUCCCGAGUGGCGCAGUGGUCUAAGGCACUGAAUCGCAGUGCUAGCUGUGCCACUAGAGAUCCUGGUUUGAGUCCAGGCUCUGUCGUAGCCGGCCGCGACCAGAAGACCCAUGGGGUGGCGCACAAUUGGCCCAGCGUCGUCCAGGGUAGGGAAUGGCCGGCAGGGAUGUAGCUCAGUUGGUAGAGCAUGGCGUUUGCAACGCCAGGGUUGUGGGUUCGAUUCCCACGGGGGGCCAGUAUGAAAAAUAUAAAAAAGAAUGUAUGCACUCACUAACUGUAAUUCGCUCUGGAUAAGAGCCUCGGCUAAAUGACUAAAAUGUAAAAAUGUAAAUGUAUAUAGCCUCCCUACUGUUAUUUUAUUUUACUGCUGCUCUUUAUUUUUUUGAAAUUUUUUUUUACUUAUCUAUUUUUUACUUAACACUUAUUUUUCUAAAAACUGCAUUGUUGAUUAAGGGCUUGUAAGUAAGCAUUUCACUGUAAGUCUACACCUGUUGUAUUCGGCGCAUGUGGCAAAUAAAAUGUGAUUUGAUUCAUUUUGUUUCCUAAAAAAACUUGCAUAAAAGCAGUGAAUAUAAUGUUGGCCUACCUGUUAGGGUAACUUGGGGUAACCCACCACCCAGGGUAACAUGCCCCCUGCCUUUACUUCUCACAAAACACUUAAUGUCACAUUUUCUUUCCCCCAACACUUUCCCUGGUUGCCACUACUCUUGCGCAACCAAAAAUGUAAUCUGUCUCAUCACAACUUAAGUCACUCCAAAAAAAAAGGAUUUUGAGGUAGGUUUGGCGUGUUACUCUACAAUUGACCAGUUUAGCCCCACUCUCCCAUAUGCACUCACAGCAAAUUGCAGCGCAUAGUGCUGUUUUCCCAGCUAUUGCAAGAAUUGUUGUGCAUUGACUGCUUGUCAGCAUGCAUGUUUCCCUCCCUAUGGCACUCGUAACUUGAAUGUACUUUGAGAGGAAUAUUUAUCUUGCAUAGAACCCACAACAACAAGCCGACUAGGUAAAUACAUAAACUAUUCUACUAUGGGGUUGUCUGAUUUUUCUAUUGAUUACUCAUUUUGUUUGCAGAGGAAAAGUAAAUGUGGACUGUUCUAGCAUCUUCAUGUUCCUUAUUGUGGCAGCCCACACCUAAAUUACUGCAGCGAAAACACUUAUCGUUCAUGUAUCAUAUUGGAGCCCAUGCAUCUAGAUGCGUAUCGCAUCUGUUUCCCCUCUCUCUCUCUCUCUCUCUCGCAGGUAGUCAUUGACAAGCACCCUGUCAGAUUCUUUGUACAUAAAAGGCCGCACGUUGACUUCUUUUUAGAAGUGGUAAGUAAAAGUUUUGUUCUUGUGAACUCUUGAGUUCUAUUUUGUACGUCAUUGUCAACAAUGCUCUGCUCUGUUUGAUCAGUUCUUUGACUGUAAAUGAUGGCGUGAGCCUAACAUAUCCCCUGCUGUGUGUGACCCCCUCUCUCCAGGUCAGUCAGUGGUAUGAGCUGGUAGUGUUCACGGCCAGUAUGGAGAUCUACGGCUCGGCAGUGGCAGACAAGCUAGACAACAAUAGGAACAUCCUGAAACGCAGAUACUACAGACAGGUAUCACUCUCCCCUCUCAUAUGAACACAACUGAUUUUAUGUCCAUCCACAUCUUUGUGAAAACAGUAUACAGUAUUAGUGACCUAAUUUCCUUUCUCUCAUGUAUUUGCGAUCUGCUUACGUCUUCCAUGUCUUCUCCCUGUGUCGGCAGCAUUGUACGUUGGAUCUAGGUAGUUAUAUUAAAGACCUGUCUGUCGUACACAAAGACCUGUCUAGUAUCGUCAUCCUGGACAACUCGCCUGGAGCUUACCGGAGUCAUCCAGGUGAGGCUAUGCACAUAUGCAUUCACACAGAGACACACGUUCACACAACACAGAUGUAUGCAUACAUUGUGAUGAGAUAUGUUUAUGUAUAUCAUUCUAGGUGAGCUUGUAGUGAUUGUUUUAAAUGUCAAGAUGUUGUCAAACCAGUUGCUGUCAGCUUGGUGGGUGUGAGUGGAAGGUUGCCAAGCAGCUCUUGCAUGUUUUAAGCGAACAAACCACACCAAUUCAAACAUUGCCAUUUUCUAUAGAAACCGUGAUUAGCCUUGUGACAGGCUAGUGAGAAUCAGGGUAAGUUGGCAGCUACCAAGGAGCAACCACCCGUACCCUAUUAAUACAAGGAAUGUUUUGUAGAUUUUUCCACAGCAUAUCAUUUUGUACUCGCCUGAUUUUACACAACAAUUAUUAGGUUUCACAACUCUCCUACUAUCCUUCUUUUGGUUUUGAAUCUCUGUAUUUGCCUUCCAGACAAUGCAAUACCUAUCAAGUCUUGGUUCAGUGACCCUAGUGACACAGCACUCCUUAACCUGCUGCCUAUGCUAGAUGCACUUAGGUGAGUAUUUCAGGUAUUCAGAUGGAUGGAUGGAUGAGGAUCCUGCACUGUAGCAGUGUUUUUCAAUUACCUGGUAGCAUGAGAAAUGCAUAACCCUUACAACUCUCUGCUAGGUUCACCGCUGACAUCCGGUCCGUCCUCAGUCGAAACCUCCACCAGCACCGGCUCUGGUGAUUGGCUAAUUCUGCGGGGAGGGUCUCGCUGAUUGGCUCUUUUUAAACCCCUUCCCCCUGCCUGCUCCCAUCGCUCCUCCGUUCCCACGCAGUUGACCUUUCACCCCUCUCAAAAAAGGACAGAGGAGAGAAGGGUCACAGCAGAACAUCAAACAAGGAAUGAAAGGAGCGAGAUUUGGAGAGCCAGCAAAUGACUGGGGGGGGGGAAGCCAGCUUUUUUCUUUUUCUUUAUUUGUAUGAUUUUUGAAAAAACAAAAUGGAGUCUCUCUGCCUUACAGUUCCUAAUACUGACUCCGUGUAAGUACGCAUGGGGCUGAGUUUUUUGUACAUGAGUUGGGAGAAUGCUCACGUUCGUUCGUCAUGCUAAACUUUUGACUAUACAAAAAUAAUAGGGACAGCAAGGCAAUGAACAAGACAUGUUUCCAUCCUGUCAUUAGUCUGGACUCUGCACCUCUAACGACAGGCAACAGCCUGUCAUUGUACUCUCUUUCUCAACUUGGUACUGGACUUUACUUCUGUUAAGAUGGCCAAGAGUAACUGGACGACAGGAGAAGAUGGAGGAUGAUUAGGUUUGAAUGGGGGUAUUGGGGGAAUAUAGGCCCUGUCAAUCAAUCAGGGUAAUUCAUGUUUCAGGGGUACCAAUAAUUGAGUUAUGACAGGUAAUUUUACGCAAUGAAGAUUUGCUACAUAACACACCUCUAGAUGAAUUAUAAAACAGUCAGAUUUAAAAAAUAAAAUGACCGUUGGUUAGACAUGAUCAUUUAUCUCAAACUCAUUCCUCCAAAACCCCUUGUAGGAUACAAUGAGAUGUAAAGAUGGACUGAAGAAGUCAUGAAAG